UUUAGACUAGCCAACGAAUUUUGAAAGCAAUCUACUUCGAAUAGAUGUUUAUUAUAGUAACUAGGAACUCGUCUGAAAAAGGUAUGCCUGGAAUAGUUUUUGACGGAGAAACUAAUAUGAAACAGCGACCGAGGGCGUAAGGGGUGAUGCAGACAACUGAAAGUAACUAAUCUUAGUAGAUUAGGACAAUUAAUAAUAUUUUUUAGAAUUUUAAACAAAAACAUAACGUUUAAGUAUAUCCUACGGUUAAAAAGUUACACAUUUUGUACAUAAGUUCCGAAAAACUCAUUGGUACGAGCCAGGAUUUGAACCCACGACCUCCGGAUUGAAAGUCGGACGUCAUAUCUCCUCUGGGCGGCCACCGCUUAUAAAUAUAAUAUAAUUUAAUAUAGAAUAUUUUAUUAAAUUUGCUCGGAUUAGCAUUAUUUAUGAGCCAAAACUGAAAGGGGUUUCCGCGAGCGUAGGUCACUCUGAGUUUCGUACACUUCCUUUCGGCGCUCGGAAUGCGUUACAUAUUCGUACAUUUUAAUUUCAAUAACUCUACCAUAUAAAUACAUGCGUCCCCGUUACGUUAUCAUUCGUGGUGUAGACAACAAACAAUACAAACAUGUUCUCAAAGAUUGCAGUCCUCGCUCUAUUCGUGGCGGUAGCCCAAAGCAGCCCCUCCCACGGAGGCUACGAGUACUCGUACGGCGUGUCGGACCCCCACACCGGCGACGUGAAGAGUCAGCACGAGACCCGCGUGGGCGACAGCGUGCGCGGGCAGUACUCGCUGCUGGAGUCUGAUGGCUCGAAGCGCAUUGUUGACUACGCCGCUGACGCGCAUACCGGGUUUAACGCUGUCGUGCGCAAGGAUCCUGGUCUGCACCCAGCUCCGGUUGCUAUUGCCGCUCACGCUGCUCCCGUCGCAUACGCCGCUCCUCUCGCCCACGCCGCUCCCUUGGCGUACGCCGGCCACGCUGCACCCGUUUCCUACUCCUCCCACAUCGCCCAUGCCGCUCCGAUAGCUCAUGCGACCUAUGCCGCUCCCAUCGCUCAUGGCGCUGUCGCCUAUGGCGCCCACGGACUCGGCUUGGGCUAUGGUGCUCAUGGUUUGGAUCUGGGUAACGGCCUGGGAUACGCUGGACUAGGAUUGGGCCACGGACUCGGCUAUGGCGCGCACUAUGGAGGAUGGUAAACCUUUAAAAACCCACCGCCCUUGUUAAAACGAAUCUGUGAUGCUGUAGAUAAUAUUCUAUACCUAUUUAUAAACUGAACUCAAGUCAAAUAAUCCAGUAUAUUAAAUAUUGGUGAAACGA